AUGGCCACCACACUCCGCCGCCGCGGACCUCGCGAAACACAACGGCGUGACAACAGUUCACCGACUCGGGAAGAGAGUCCGGCAAUCCAGCCGACGUCCCACGUUCAUGUUGUCGAAAAGACGCCGAAGGCGACGCGAAAGAGACGAAAUACCUUCAUAUUCUUGCUAGGCGGGAUCUGCGGCUUGCUUGCUGCAGGCUUUUUUGCCAAAACCAAUGAUCUAAUAGACUUUCCGGAGCUCGGUGAGCUCAGCAUGGACAGCUUCUUCGACGUCCUUCCCGCUGGAUUGAUCAAGGAUAUGCGCGACUUGGUUCAAGGAGAGAGGGAAGUCACUGAUGCGUACGAUUCUUUUUCCGUAGGGCUCAAAGCACGAGCUGAUGGCUUGCAUGCUCACCAUCCCAUGAUCAUGGUUCCAGGCGUCAUCUCCACCGGCUUGGAAUCAUGGGGUACGGCCAAUACCUCUCGCCAAUAUUUCAGAAAACGAUUGUGGGGUAGUUGGACAAUGAUGAGGGCGCUGGUUCUCGACAAGGAGCUGUGGAAGAAACAUAUCAUGCUCGAUAAGAAAACCGGCCUCGAUCCACCAGGCGUGAAAUUGCGCGCAGCUCAAGGCUUUGAUGCCACAGACUUUUUCAUCACGGGAUACUGGAUCUGGAAUAAGAUAUUUGAAAACUUGGCUACCAUUGGUUAUGACCCAACAAAUUCUUUCACAGCCGCGUACGACUGGCGAUUGUCCUAUCCCAACCUCGAGGUACGGGACAGGUAUUUCUCCCGCCUCAAAUCUUACAUUGAAUCAGCAGUCGAAUACGAAGGAGAGAAGGUGGUCCUAGCCUCCCACAGCAUGGGCAGCCAAGUCGUUUACUACUUUUUUCACUGGGUUCAGUCAGAGCAAGGCGGCCGUGGGGGAGAAGAUUGGGUCGACCGUCACAUUGGUUCUUGGAUUAACAUCAGCGGGUGCAUGCUUGGUGCAGUGAAAGACCUUACUGCGGUCUUGUCCGGUGAAAUGAGAGAUACCGCCCAGCUCAACGCUUUUGCCAUAUAUGGGUUGGAAAAGUUUUUGAGCAAGGAAGAACGGGCGGAGAUCUUUCGCGCUAUGCCAGGCAUUUCCUCUAUGCUGCCACUCGGCGGCAACGCGGUUUGGGGUGAUUUGAACUGGGCUCCGGAUGAUCAGCCAAAUCAGAAUUUUUCCUACGGCUCUGUUCUCAAUUUCAAAGUCGGGGCCAACUGGACUGCUCCAGAUAAGAACUUGACUGUUGAGGGUUCAAUGAAGUAUCUCUUCGAGACUACUGAGGACUGGUAUCAGAAACAUAUCAAGAACAGCUAUUCCCACGGCGUUGCACACACCGCAGCAGAGGUAGAAGCUAACGAGAAGGACCCAAGCAAAUGGAUCAAUCCCCUUGAGACGCGGUUGCCAAAUGCCCCCAACCUGAAGAUAUUUUGCUUCUAUGGUGUUGGCAAACCUACUGAACGUGCAUAUUAUUAUCGCGCUCCGGAUCAGGCAGCCAACACAAAACUAAAGAUCACCAUUGACACGGCCCUUACUGACGGCGAGGUGGACCACGGCGUGGUCAUGGGCGAAGGCGACGGCACAGUCAACCUUCUCAGCACGGGAUACAUGUGUAAUCGUGGGUGGCAUAUGAAGAGGUACAACCCCGGAGGCUCACAGAUUACUGUGGUGGAGAUGCCUCACGAGCCAGAGCGGUUCAACCCUCGAGGUGGCCCGAAAACCGCCGACCAUGUCGAUAUCUUGGGACGCCAAAAUCUCAACGAACUCAUUCUCAGGAUUGCGGCUGGCAGGGGUGACACUAUCACAGAUUAUGUUGUUAGUAAUAUCCGUGAAUAUGCGGACAAGAUCAAAAUCCAUGAUGACGAUUAG